GUCAGGCUCCAGGAGCGCGGGCUGGAGAUGCUGAGCUGCGGGCUGAGCGCCGCGUAACGCUGGGAUAACCCGCCCGCCGCACCGCACCGCGCGCGCCGCAAAGCGCCGAGGACCCGGAUAUGGAGGGACUGAGCCCAUAGUCGGUCCAUCAGCCGAGAGAUGCUCCAGGAGAAGGCCUCAGCUGUGGCUGAUGACGGCGUGACUGUGGCCCAGUCUGGUGGGCUUCCAGAACUUGCUGCUGAUUCCUCACACCUGGGUUUACCUGAGACUCCCAGCAUCCCCCACAAUAAUGAAGUCGACCAGAACAUUGAGAACAUUAAAGUUCUUCUUCAUGAGCGUGAACUGUGGAAGAAGUUCCACGAGGCGGGAACUGAGAUGAUCAUCACUAAAGCAGGCAGGCGGAUGUUUCCCAGCUAUAAGGUGAAAGUCACGGGGAUGAACCCAAAAACCAAAUAUAUCCUAUUAAUAGACAUUGUUCCAGCUGAUGAUCAUCGGUACAAGUUCUGCGACAAUAAGUGGAUGGUGGCUGGUAAAGCAGAGCCUGCCAUGCCCGGGCGUCUCUACGUUCACCCCGACUCUCCGGCUACAGGAGCUCACUGGAUGAGACAAUUAGUCUCCUUUCAGAAGCUGAAGCUCACCAACAACCACCUGGACCCUUUUGGACACAUCAUCCUGAACUCUAUGCACAAAUAUCAGCCCCGGCUGCACAUCGUAAAAGCAGACGAGAACAACGCCUUCGGCUCUAAGAACACAGCUUACUGCACUCACGUGUUCCACGAAACCACGUUUAUCUCUGUGACGUCCUACCAGAACCAUAAGAUAACACAGUUAAAGAUUGAGAACAAUCCGUUUGCCAAAGGUUUUCGUGGAAGUGAUGAGGGAGACCUGCGUGUAUCCAGGCUGCAAGGGAAAGAUUACCCAGUGAUCUCUAAGAACAUGGUCCGGCAGCGGCUCAUCUCCUCACACCCUCACCUGUCCGGGAAGUUGAGUUCAGGUGUUCUGACUGGUCACCCACAGGUCCACUCCCACUACCAGUACGAGACUGGAGUCCCGCUGCCCAGUUCAGACCCACAGGAGCCCCUGACCAGCCCGUUCACUUCCAGCAGAGAAUCCAGUCUGAUUUACCACUGCUUCAAACACAGAGAUAACUCCCGGCACUUGGAGCUGGGCUGUAAGCGGCCGUAUCUUGAUGGAGCUCCGUCAGCCGUUCCUGAGGAGCACUACUUCCGCUCGCCUCCGUCAUACGAGCCUCCGUUACUGAGCCACUCCUACUGCGGCGGCGGCGAGGCGCUGAGCUCCAGAGACGCCUGCAUGUACGGGGGUAUGGAGGUGGAGGCGGGUGCCGGGGGGGCGGUGGGUUCUGAGGAACUUCCUCCACCCUCGCUGAACUGCAACAUGUGGGCGUCGGUGCAGCCGUACCCUCGCUAUGGCGUGCAGACUGUGGAGGCUGUGCCCUACCAGCCCUUUACCGCCCACUUCUCCAGCACCGCCACCGCCGCCACCGCCGUGGUGCCGCACCACUCGCCGACCGUGCAGCGUCCUCAACCGGCUCCUCCCCUUCCUGAGCUCAUGUCCUUCACCGCACAGCGAGCUCUACCACCACCGGCUCCUUCCUCCUCCUCAUCAUCAUCAUCCUCACCCUCCGGCACCGGGUCCCGCGACAGAACCGCCCACCCGCCUCUGUACCACAGGAAAUCCGCCGGCUCUCCUCUGAGACCCCACAGAGAUUACUCAGCCUACCCCUGCCAAAGCCCCACCCCCAGAGACCCCGUCUACCAGUACCACCAGAUGGGUCUCAGCAGCAUAGGAGCCCCCCCGCACUGGACUGAUAGCUAAAGCUAAGCUAAAGCUAGGGGGAGAUUAGAUUAGAGGUGUGUGAAAUGGUCAGGUGUCAGGUGAUGAGGUUUACCUGUUACACUGUAAACCCGGAUACGCUGAAUUUACUUCAAAAAAAAAGAAAGAAGGAAUUUGAGGAAACUGGUUGCCUUAAAAAUGUUAAGUAAUGGGGAAUGAAAACUUGAGUUAGCAUAACUUAGAACAUCAAGUUAUUACAACUAAAGAAGAAGUAGAUUUAACUUUUUAAAUGUUUUGUUAUACUGUAAAACCGGAUAAGUUGAGUUGAGUAAACUUAAGCUUUUUUACCCAUUACUUAACUUUUUUAAGGCAACCAGUUUCCUCAAACUUUUUAAGUAAACUCAACUUAUCUGGUCUUACAGUUUAACAAAAAUUUUAAAAAGUAAAAUCAACUCCCCCUUUAGUUGUAAUAACUUUUUAAAUAAUGUUUUAAAUUUAUGCUAACUUACAAAGUUUGAGGAAACCGGUUGCCUUAAAAAAGUUAAGUAAUAGGGAAUAAAAACUUGAGUUAGCAUAACUUAGAACAUCAAGUUAUUACAACUAAAGGGGAAGUUGAUUUAUUUGUAAGGUAGUCCAGGGGGAAACACUACACACUGAUGGUGAGUGUCUGUCAGAAACUGUUGGACACGCCCAGUAUGCAAAUAGAUUGUGACAGAAGCCAAUGACAAAACAGACUAAACUCAGUUAUUAUAAGUUGAUUCAACUCAAAGAUCUCAGUGUGAAUAGUAAUACUAAAAUAGUUGAGUAUUGUUUAGAAAUAUCCAAUUUUAUAUAAAACUGACUUAAAUCAUUUGAGUUUAAACAGCGUCUGGGUUUACAGUGGACCUGUUGCCUUAGAGAAGUGGUGGUUGCCAUACCCGGUCCUGGUGUUCCCCUGCAAUCCCCCCCCCCCUCAACCAUUCUGAAAUAUUCUUGUGGUUUUUUUUUUUGUGUUAUUUCUAUGCAACACGUACACAUACUUCAACUCAGGAUAAAAUAAAAUAAAAGUAAAAUUAAAUACAUUUUUUGCUCAUUAGUUGAUCUUUUAGUUUAAUUAGAAGCAGGAAAACAGCAAGAUAUGCAAGAGGUUCUCCCACGAUGAGGGUUUAGAAACCCAGACCCAAGCUGUGUUCCAAUAACUAAGAUGCAGUAGAUGUAGAACAGGACCUUUUUAGAACUGUUUUAUGAAGAGUGUGGAAUAUAUAUAUAUAUAUAUA